UUUCCAUCUAGCACCGGUUGAAUGAACUCUAAAAAUAUUUACUUAACGUUCGUUUUUCUCGUCAUUUCACUAACGUACGUCAUACGAGUGCGCUGUCCACGAACGUGUCUCGUGAGACAUAAAGAGCGUGCUCGACAGAACACACUGGAGAGGAGCACGGGUCGCGUAAAUGUUUAAGGACUUGUCGCUUUAAUCGCUUUGCACGUUUGCGCCCGUACGCUUCCGUCCUGCUCUCGGUGCACUUGAGACACGCAGGGGAACAACAACAGCUCGCCCCGUUCCGCGUUCCGCGUUCGACGCGAGCUUUAUAUUUAGGAUGAGCUACAUUCGGGAAGUUUAUUUUUACUGGCGAGGAGGAUAACAGCAGCCAUCGCAUGCUGACGCAGGAACAUAGUUUCGCCGAGGAAUCGAAUAGCGAAAAAAAAAAUGAAAUACCACACAAACACAAUUUGCAUACAGUAAGUCAGCCUGUUGGGCGCCCUACCGUAUUUGGCCUUUUGGUGGCGCCGUCACCGGUGUGAGCCACUACGGACAGUAAGGAAAAUGCACUGCGUGUUAUCAUCUUUACCCUCGGACCUCUUAUUGUCAACCCCGGCGACACGCGCGGUCACCUUUUGGAAGGAUGAAAGAGCAACAUACACACACCACGACCUCUCCACGAGUGGUAUGAUCGAAGAAGGGCAGUGGGUUGCUACGGUAGGAUGCAAUGUUUCGUUUCUCCUUUGUGCCGACGCUGACGCGUUUACGUCAACCAGCCGGCAUCGAGCAUCAGGACCGGGUACGGGAUGUACGGGGAGAGACCGUACAAGGGCAGCAGCUACCGUUGUGCGCAUGUCACAAAACGGAUCGUACGUGCAGAGAGGAUGAGUGUUUGCUUUGGCGCGGGUCCUCCCUUUCUGCUAUGCUUCCUAUCCUCGAUUAAGUUUCAGUGUACGCGGCGUCGGUACAAUUAUUCGGAACGAAGUAUCCCGGUACUGUCGCCGUUGCUCUGACGUCAUUACGCUGUCACUGGCUGCUCGCUCUCUCUCUCUCUCUUUGUCUCGUUCUCACGCUUUCACACAUACAGUGUUGAACAGAGCGUGUUGGGACAAGGGAGAAGGCUACAUGAGAAACAUGAAAUUGAGCGAGGAACCAUGCGCCUCCAUCGUGGUAGAACAAAUUUGAUAAUCAUCACUCUGUUGCGGUGUGUGAAGAGGUUUGGAUUGGAAAAACAAUGCAAGCUGCUUGCGAAGAGAGCACAUGCCUGGAACGCGUGAGGCCGAAAGAGAUGUGGCCGUACACACCGUUUUGGGAGAGCCAGCCAGUUGCGUGGGGCUGCUGCGCUUGUAUUAACUGGCCGGUUGGUUUGGUUGCGAUUAUUCAAGAGUGCGAGUGAAAAUAUCUAGCCGUAGCAGACGGGGGCGAUUGAAAAGUAUUUAGAGUAAGUUUGAAUAAUGGAACACAUCUGCAGCAGAGAAGUAGCCUCAGUUUGAAACUGUCCGAACCGCCGUUUGGGACAUGCCAAGGAUUUAACGAAGCGGAACGAGCCUCGCCGGGUGACUACUGAGUAACCGAAAACCCCAAAUUCGUUCUGUUCUAGGGCUUCCCAUAGCCGAACGAACGGUGAAAGUGUAGUGUGGAAUCGAUACGCCAAUAGAAUAACAGCGAGCCUAAACUAUCCGUAAAAAAAACCCAAGCGGAUCUUGGUACGAGACGCGACCGAUGGGCGAAUAUGGCACGCUGGACACAAACACCAUCACCAGCAGCAGCAGUGCGUCCUCACUUACGUCAAUUCUGAUGCCGAUGUCGAUGGCAGCAGCCCCACCCACCUCCGCAGCAGCAAUGUCGGUAACCACUGCCGGUAAACCGACCCCCUCGUGUUCCUCUGUCGCAUCGUCCACCGGCGGCCCACCGUCCGUCGCGAUGGUGCUGGCGGCCGCAACGGCAGCCGCAAACGCCACCACUACAACGAACCAAAUGCCGUGCAAUCACGUCCAAACUUCAACGUCCUCGUCGUCGGUAGAAUCUGACAGCUACCAUUUUUAUCACAAAUCCACCGGAAACGGUGGCAGUAACGGUCUGCCGGGGGUCGGUGGUACUACCGGCGCCAGUUCUGCUAGCGGCCAUCACAACGGUACCGCCGGUACGGUGAAGGGAAGCGGGAGAGUUGGUCACGAAUCUACGUCAUCCUCUGGUAUGCCACGACCGGUUGGUGGUGGGACCGGCGGUGGCAGCUCCAGCGGUAGCGGUGGUAGCGGACGGGUGAAGUGCAAGGACCCGAUACGUGUCGGUUUCUAUGAAAUCGAGAAAACGAUUGGCAAGGGCAACUUUGCCGUGGUUAAACUGGCACGCCAUCGAAUUACCAAAAAUGAGGUAGCAAUUAAAAUUAUUGACAAGUCUCAGCUUGAUCCUGGCAACCUGCAGAAGGUGUACCGCGAGGUUGAGAUUAUGAAACGCUUAGACCACCCGCACGUCAUUAAAUUGUACCAGGUUAUGGAAACUCAGAGCAUGAUUUACAUAGUCUCGGAGUAUGCUAGUCAAGGCGAAAUUUUUGAUUACAUCGCAAAAUACGGACGACUUAAUGAGCGAGCAGCUAGGAAUAAGUUUUGGCAGAUCUUAUCCGCCGUAGAAUAUUGUCACAAUAAGGGAAUAGUACACAGAGAUCUUAAGGCUGAGAAUCUACUGCUAGAUUCGAAGAUGGACAUAAAAAUAGCGGACUUUGGGUUCUCCAACUUUUACAAAAAGGGCGAACUGCUUGCGACCUGGUGCGGUUCUCCACCGUACGCUGCCCCGGAGGUGUUUGAGGGUAAGCGCUACACUGGACCGGAGAUCGAUAUAUGGUCGUUGGGAGUUGUGCUGUACGUGCUGGUAUGCGGAGCAUUGCCUUUCGACGGAUCGACGCUACAGUCGCUUCGGGACCGUGUGCUGUCUGGCCGUUUUCGGAUCCCGUUUUUCAUGAGCUCCGAUUGUGAGUCUCUCAUUCGGAAGAUGCUCGUGCUUGAUCCUUCGCGGCGUUUCUCGAUCGACCAAAUCAAGCGGCACCGUUGGAUGAUGGUGGAAAUAAUCGACACACCGAAGAUUAGCAGCAUCGUCAUCAAUGGCAACGUCAGCGAAGUUAGUGCACUCGAAACGGAACCGAACGAACAGAUUUUGAAGAUUAUGCAGAACUUGGGAAUCGACAUUCUCAAGACGCGGGAAAGCUUGAAGCUGCAUAGCUACGAUCACUACACAGCUUUCUAUCUGCUGCUUUUGGAAAGACUGAAGAGCCGCACGGUGUCGCAUGAAAGUGGGAACGCUGUAGCAGGUUGCAUUGGCGGUGGAAAAUCGGCCAUACAUGAAACGCAACGCCGACGUCCCAGUAACGUUGCCGAGCAGGCGAUGCGGAAACUUGCCAUCAGUACACAACACAAGGCUGACCAAUCUGGCUCUUCACCGAAACAUCAGCAAAUCUCACCCGCAAUAUCCUCCGGUCUGACUAAUCAUAGUUCGGAAACGCUGCACGGUUUGCUUAGUGCGCAGGUGGGCUCCGGAGUGACCGGUGGGCUGCCGACAAUGUCAACCGGUGUCAUAAUGCUGCGCGAUACCAGCAUCCGUGAGCAGCAACCGGUUCUUAAGGAUAGCUCCUACUUCCGUGGUGUAUCGUACACAUCCAGUUCGGGUUUUGCGGAUGCGUCACUGUAUCAGGUGGCUUCUUUGCGGGAGCGAGAUUGCAGCUCCACCUAUCUUACCGGACCAGGUGCGGUUGGGUUACUGCCAUCGUCACUUUCGUCCAAUGUGGCGGCUACCCUGGCAGCAUCAGCAACAUCCCGAGAGAAUAGCUCGAUAGUGCUACGGGAAUCGGGCAUUCUGUCCAAUCGUAUCUCCUCCACCCGGCUGCUCUCGAGCAACAUCGACAAACGUAUCUUGCAGCAAAGCACGGAAGACUGUCGGCGAUUGCUGCAGCAGGCUCGUCCUGUGUCGAUGGGUGAAUCAAAUCGGUAUGCAAAACCACCGUCCCAUUCGCCGGUAAACAACGAUCUCCAUCAGGCUUCUCAGUCGCAGCAAUCUGGAGCCCCGUCAUCUAUUCCCCAGUCGCAGCGCUAUUCCGAUCCUCUAAAUGGCUUCAGCAAAGACUAUCUAACGAACGCAUCGUCCACCAAGAACGAAACGUCGAUCAACGUACCACCGUUCAAGGACUACAUUAACAACAUGCAAACCUAUUCGUACCUUCAACAUUACGAACCCAACUUGACGGUGACCAGCUCUUCAGCGACCGGCCAUACAGCACCACAAACUACAUCGAUUACGGCGCAAUACAGUUCCAGCACCGACGAAGGAUGUGAGACAGAUCUGGGAGACGAAGAUGUUCAACAAUCAAUCAACAAGUCAAUUCAGCGGCUUAACUCCUUUGCCAGCUCUAGCUCAUCGAGCGGAGUCGUCACCAAUAUUCAUCCGAAAAGCCUAAGCCAAAAUUUGAGCUGCGAUUCAUCGCGCAGCAACUUUUCGACGUUCGAAAGCUUGGAUCUCAAUUUAUCGGAUUGUGCAGAGCUUGCGGGCAGUUUGCCUUCCUGCACGGCCACAACGGAAGCGUACGAAAGUGUAGCGAAAGAUGAAGCUUCAUUUCGAGCCGUUACGAGCGCGGCCUGCAUCAAUCAACCGCAGUGUGUGUACGCAAUGUCGGACAAGGUGGUGAGUUCGUUCCUGCGAGCCAACACCGUGUACCAGGACGUGCAUAAUGGUGACCAUCGAAGUAUUACCCGUUCGCCAGUCGAUUUUCGAGAGGGACGACGUGCUAGUGACGGGCUUGUCACCCAAGGCCUGGUUCACGCAUCGGAAAAUCCGCUCAACUCUCCUGUGGCGUUCAACAGUCAGCGAUUGAAUGAAACGUGCAAAGCGAAAGGUGUGCUAGAGCUUCACCUACUCCAGAAAGAAGCGGCUCAGCUCAAAGUGAAAUACCAGGCAAACGUUCCACAGGAUGAGAUCAAUGUGCGGCAACUGCAACACAGCCAGUUCCGGGUAAACCCUCUCGAGGGGCUUAUCCUGAAAUCGUUAUCGGCUUCCUCGCACGGUAGCGCUUGCCUUGACCCGGCGAACGGUGGCAACGCCGGUUACUACAACAAGGUGGCGGACUACGUUGGGCUAUCGCUGGGCAUGAAGGCAGCAACGGUGGCGGCUGCAGGAGGAACCGAGCAGCAGCAGCAGCUGGGGAAACUCGAUGCGGAGCAACUAUUGCUGCGGGCAGGCGUCGCUCGCUCGGACCAGCUAAGUGCUGCCGCCGUACAGCAGCUGCAGCAGAAGCCUCCGCUGCAGCAGCAGCUGAUGCAGCACCGGUUGCUGCAGCAGAAACGCCAGAUCCUGCAGAAGCAGGGCGCAAUGGAGGCGGGCCUGAGCCGCAGACAGAUGCUGCGGCAGCACAGCUAUAAGAUCGCACAGCAAACGCAAAUCCUGCCGCCGCUACCAUACGGUGAGAUAGCCGAAUCGGUUGACGGUUCCGGAUAUCCGACGCUGCAAUCUGUUCGCGAGACGGCCAUCCUCGAGACGGAACCGGCCCAGGGUUUGAACGAUCCGCUCGAUCUCUACAGCCACCUGCACGCGCACCAAUCGCAUAUGCACCAUCACCAGCAGCAGCAGCAGCAGCAGCAACAGCAGCAACAACAGCACGGCAUCGGAGGCCCUCACGCCGGUGUCCAUUUGGCAUCCGAUCGAGGCACGCUCUGCUCCUGGAGCACGCUACCGAGCUCGAUGAAAACGUGCCAAAUAAGCGAAGGAACAUCGUCCACCGACAGUCCAUGGAAUGUGGCCGCACUCUACCACCAGCGAGCAUUCGUUCGUGUAUCGUCCCAACAGAAUGUACCGCCCGGGCCGUUGUAUUCCGCAUCGCAAUGGAUCACGCCGCACACGUCCUCGAUCCAGCAUUCGAUGCAACUACCCCUGAGUGAAAGCCCCAUACCGGAGCUUGCCGAGCAGAUGGAGUCGAUUUGAGCGGAGCGUAUGUGUAUUUGCGAGUGUUUUUUUGGGGCAUGCGAGUAAGAUGCGCAUAACCGAGCGAGAAACAGUAAAGGCGAUUCCGGUGAAUCUCCUAACCGGGUUGAGGAUGAGGCAGCAAUGUACCCCAAAACAAUACUGAGACCAGUUUGUGUGUCACAACUAGCAAAGGAUAAUAAGUAUGUGCUUCUCUAGUAUCGUUGCAGCGAAUUAGUAAAAAUCGAAUUAUGUAGCGCAAAACCACUCAACCAAACUCUUGAACUUGCUUUCAAUAUUGGGCGCUAGACAAUAGGGGGAUGGUUUUGUUUUGCUGCGUAAGGCCGUUGUAUAGCUAACAAAAACUUCUCGAUCAAUUUCUGGGCAUACGAUGGCAUUUUUGGUGGCGCGCCGCCAUAGCACACCGGGGUAGGUCGCCGUUUUUGGAUGAUAGAGCAAGCAUAUGAAUUACUGUAACAGGUCAACGAGACUGGCUAACGUCAAUUGAAUGAAAUUGAAAUAACGUAAGAAGAGGGAGGGCGUAAUGUUAGUAAAAUUAAUUAGAGGCAAACACGACAGAAACCAAUAUGCAACACACAACAUACAAUCAUAUACUCGCAAACGUACAGCCCAGCCAGAAACGGCAGGAGGUUUUUCUUUAGAGUAAUGGGGCAACCGCCAGCCUCCGAAGGGUAGAAAUUUGACAAAUACACGAUUUGACAGCCGCCACGAAUUGCAGAUCCGCGACUGAUCAAUUUCACACACAGGAAUUCAGCUCUGCGAUAGGUCACUAAUUAGCAGCUGUUUAUUGCUAUUUAGAGGAGGUAGCUGGACAGGGAUGUCUGAUAUGUGCGAUAUGGUUGAAAUUUUUGCUGGAAAGUUAGUUUUGUUUUAUGGCAGUCAUAGUCAGGACCUACUAUGCGAUGUGAUAAUAAGAAUCUAGUCGAUAAAAGCAUGAUUGCACGAAUACCUGCUGGCCAUCGGUGGUACCGUACAGCUCGUUAGAAGCGAUUUAAAAACAAUUGUAUUAGCCAGCAUCCAGUGAAUGGGGAAAGUCAGUUACAGUAAGUUAAUUAUUAUUUGUAAAUGUUCAGUUGAUUUUCGUUUUAGAAAAUUUCUACAACUGCCUGCCAUCAAAAACUAAUGUUACAGAGUGUGAGUGGAAGCAAUUAUGUUUUUGUUUAGCAUCGUUUAAAAAUCAAACGGUGUUUAAGAAGUGAAUAAUUAUGAAAACGUUUUUUUGAAAAUUGAUUUGUUUCCUUUUUUAUUUUUUUAUUCUACUACUCAUUUAAAGUUAGUCAUUCCAUUAAGCUAAAGACCAUAGCAGUGAGCAGGGAACUGUUCCAUAGGACCUAUGGAACGUUUAUAUUUCAAGUACUACUUACUACUACUACUACUACUACUACUUCUACCACGAUGGCUCAUGGCUUUUGAGGAUGCGUCAAUUCAUUCAUUCGGUCAAUCGCAUCUUUAGCAAAUCGGCGUCCAGAUGGCUGUCGCCGUAGCAGUCGUUCAACUAACGAACCAUUAGCGAAUAACGUACAACUGCCAAGCAUUUACCUAAAAACCAAUAUAACGUAUCGUUGCUGCAUUUGUCGCCGAGCAAAUGCACCAUUUUGUAGAGCUUACGCGGAUUGCACGGAAAUAUCGUUCAAAGUUGUGAACCGUCAAUGAUUUGUGUUGUUGUGUUGUGAGUGACCACACGCUAAUCGUGCAUCGAUAGAACACAUCGAAACUGUAACGUACGCAUCCGCCUAAGCGGAACGAAAGCGGUGUGUUUUACGAUCAUUGUGUGAGGAGCUAGAGGAAAAAAAAAGUUCACCAUCGUCAUCAUCAGCAUCAUCGUCAUACCAUCAACGCGUGGCAGGUCGGAAAUCUCUCAUGCACUGCUACGAAACAAUGGCAAACAAACUAAUAACCAAGGGACCGGAUGUCGGUUUGAGCGAAAGAAAUUCAGUAUAAACUUAGGAACCACAAACACAUUUUCAUGUACAAUAACAACAACAUCCAGGCAAAACACAAACUAAUAUCCAAGAAUGGAGAGCAACCAUGUAAAAAAAUGUCGGUCGGAGGAGCACGCUCGCGCAGAAGUGGGGAGUUUGCGCACGCUUGCGAAACCUGAAAACGCGAACAUUGGAAAGCGGCAAUUCGAAAUAUAUCUAGUCAUAUCAACCAUACAAAAACAACACGUGCACAUAUACAUAUUGCAAGAGGGGGGAUAAAGCGAUUUGAAGGUAACAAAAAAACAAGUUGCAUGGUAUACCACAGUUACAUUUCAUCAUCCGAUAGGACAUAUUCAUAGAAUGAGGGCAUACGGUGACCUAACGACCCAACGGCCAGCAGAAGUAGGGUAGUAGCAGCGUAGUUUUCGUAGUACACAAUGCUAAACCCUAGUUGAAACCAGUGUAGCCAUGUGUCGUCCAUAACUAGUCAAACGUAUAGAACCUUAUAAUAUAAUAAAGCAUAUUAGGUCAAACACGCCGGCUCCGUAGGAAGAAACAUGGGGAGCAGAACACAAUAGUAAGUGCGCCAGGACGGAAGCGCCCUCUAGCAUCUAGAGUAGCAACCACAUGCAAUCAAUACGGAGACAACGAGAGUGAAACCAAUCGUUUGAUAAGGAUUUGGCGCCAUUGUUGGAUGCAAGUGUCGGAUACCCUUUUUUUGUAAAACUCGAAAAACUCGCUCUAACCGUCCCUGUGCAUGCGUGCGCAAUGGACGAUGGCGAUCUACAAACCACCAGGCGUCUCCAUCCAGGAGUUGAACGUCUGCUGAGCUAUUUGAGUUGAGCUGCGCUGCCAGAAUCGAGGUUGUUAAGGGGCAGGAAAACACUUUUGCCUACAUUGAACGACGAAGCUUUGUUAGUGGCGCUCUACCACACUACACCCAAGCCAUCACCACCACCUAUAGCAGUAUUUUUGCGCUCGGAAUCGAGAAGUAUCGCGAACCGCAGUAACGAAUAGAAUAGUAAAAUUUUGGGCUGCGAGCGAAAAGGGUGUAGAUAGUGGCCGUACGUCAUUUGAAUCGUAUCGAAUAACCAUGAUAAUUACACAACAUUCAAUUAAAAUUCCUCCUAUCCAAACCCCGGCAUAGAGACAACACUAGUGCGCGCUGCAAGA